CGAAGACGUAAAAAACUAAAAAGCGCAAAAGCGCAGUGUAAACAGCGAAAUAACGUUCAAAUUGAACCUAACUCUAAAUGAACACAAUUACGAGUGCAUUAGAGCAAGAUGAUCAACAAAUAGCUCAACACAGCACAGCACCCAUCAUGUUGGAAACGAAUUCUUACCUGACCAGUGCGCCACCUGUUGGCACAGAAGGCUUUCAAUCUUCCAACAAUUCGACACUCAUCGUCUCAACAAGUCUCAAUGUGCCGCAGGCAACAGCGUUCUCUUUUCUAGGAGUUGGAACGCACCAGCCACACAAUAUGAUCCCACCUGAGCAAGCAGAAUUGCCAUUUAUAUCUGCACAGCAAGGAAUUGGUCUGCAAGGUCAACAAAUCGGAAGUGCGCCGCAGCAGGUGAUGGCUUCGCUGCCCGCUGUGUCGGCCACACCGAUCUACUACACCUCCAUGCAGGUGCAGAUGAUGGUACCACCGGACCAGGUAGCCAUGCAGCGACCCCCCGUCCCACCCAUGCAUCAGCUAGAUCUCUACAGUCAGCAGCAGCAGCAACAACAACAGCAGCAGCAGCAACAACAACAACAACAACAGCAGCUGCAGCCGCAGCAACAACAACAACAGCAGCUGCAGCCACAGCAACAGCAGCAGCAGCCACAGCAACAGCAGCAGCAGCAGCAGCCACAGCAAGUGCCUUUAGCUGUGAUGGGUCAGGUUCCACAAGCUAUGACACACACGUUGCCCCAGAUACACCCUGCAAGCCUACAUGUGUGUUCACCCGUAGGAGCAAGUAUACUGCCAGCAGUUCAAGACCACCAACAAAAUGACGACUCCAUAUGGGCCGUCAUAUUAACUGAUUUAGGUAACUCUAUAACCCAACAACAACAACAACAACAGCAACAACAACAACAACAACAGCAACAGCAACAACAGCAACAGCAACAGCAACAACAGCUGCAGGUCCUUCCAGAGCAGCAGCAGCAGCAGCAGCAGCAGCAGCAGCAGCAGCAGCAGACGUGUGAGCGUAGCAACGACGCCGUCCCACCGAUCGCCGCCGGCAACGAGCAGCCUUCCCAGAAGAACCUCAUUGUCGAGAGGAAGAACCUGAUCGAACGGCGGACGAAGGACGCGAGAGAGUUCGAGUGCAACAUCUGCCACAAGCUGUUCGCGAACCUCUCGAACGCCGUGAGGCACGUCCGGGUGCACAACGGCGCCCGACCGUUCGCGUGCGACGCGUGCGACGCAAAGUUCUCGCAGUCGGGACACCUGAAGCGGCACAAGCUCGGCCACGGAGGCGUGAAGCCUCACGAGUGCAGCGUGUGCGGGCGCUGCUACCGCGUGCGCGAGACCCUGCAGCACCACAUGCUGUCCCACAGCGACGAAACUCCGUUCUCAUGCGACGUCUGCGGACGCAAGUUCAAGGACGGGCGCGCAAAACGCGCGCACGCGCGGAUACACUCCGACGGAAAGAAAUACGCGUGCGCGCACUGCAGCAGCAAGUACUUCAGGAAGAGUCACCUCGCCCGACACAAGAAGGUCGCGCACCCGCACCUGAAGGUGUGCGAUAAGUGCGAGAACGAGUUCGAGGGGCAGGUGGCGUUCCUGUGCCACCGGCGCACGUGCGGCAAGCGCAUCAAGGUUCCCGCCAACGGCAAGGUGUACAUGUGCAACGUCUGCCAGGCGAUGUUCUCCAACGUGUCGAACCUGAAGCGACACUACCGCACGCACACGGGAGAGAAGCCGUUCGCGUGCGCGACUUGCCGGGCGACCUUCGUCCAGUCGAACCAGCUGAAGCGGCACGCGCUCAGCCACACGCGGGAGAAGCGCUACGACUGCGCGCGCUGCGGAGCGCGAUUCGCGUCGCGCGACUCGCUGCACCGACACGAGCGCCGGCACACGGGCGCGCGACCUUACCGCUGCGACCUCUGCGAUAAGAGCUUCCCCGACCUGAAGAAUCUCAAGGGUCACAUGGUCGUGCACUCGGACGAGCGGCCGUACGGCUGCCCGUUCUGUCCGACGACGUUCAAGCGCGCGCCGCAUAUGAAGCGACACGUGAGGAGUCUACACGCGGGCGGCGGCGACGACGACGACGACGCGCGCGGGAAGGGCGUCGCCGCCGCCGCCGCCGCCGGGAGGGGGAAGACGAAAAACAGGUCGAAGAGGAGGAAGAGGAGCGAUGUGGAGCUAUCGGCCGGUCCCUCCCUCGCGACUGACGGCGCUGGCGGGGACGAUGUUAAUCCGUCGUCGACGUUAGACGAUGCAGCGGGGGAUGUUGAGAGUGCUGACAGAGAGAAGAGAGUGAUAACUUGAUUCCGCGACAGAAGUAAUAUAUUAUCGUUUUUAUGUGUGCGUCGAUUUUUGUCUCGUCGCGCGUGUAUGAAUCUCACGUGGUAAUGUAGUGUGUACAACGAGAUGUUUUCGCGAUGUUACAUGUAUCCAGUCUCAUUUGCUUACAUUUUUUGGUGUUACGUUGAGAUUUGACGGCAUUCACAGUAAACACGGUAAAUCUAAGUAAAUAGGGGGUUUUUCCCGGCUGCUGUCCUGGGUUUUACUUAGUAAUUGCAGUCGGCUUGACGCACGCUAAAUUACUUUUCGAUUGUUCGCAGCCUUGAACGCAGGAAAUUGCUUUUUCGUUGAAUGCCUGCUUUCUGAUUGAAACUCGCUGAAAUAUUGGAUUGGGCUAGAUCUUGUAAUGGCAUCAAAAGCUAGAUUGACAUGUACUACUUCAGCAAAUAGUCGGUGACACCAGUGGUGGGUGUCUAAAUUAGCACUAGCCUGGUGCUGCCUGUGUUUGCAUCGUCCUAUAAUUCACUCUAUGCUAGCCGGCUGGCUACAUGUGGCAGCAUGAAGAUAUAUACAUCAAAGUCUAAUAAUACAUUAUCUAAUUAAUAAAUAAUGUAUUAUUAGCUCUCACAUACAUGCAGAUAUCUAUACUUUAUAGUAAGCUAGAUUGCCAUGUACUACUUCAGCAAAUAUUCGGUGACACCAGUGGCGGGUGUCUAAAUUAGCACUAGCCUGGUGCUGCCUGUGUUUGCAUAAUGUAUAGUACAGGUGUGUGCAUGGUGGUAGCUCUACGACAUGCAGCCUGUAUGGGAGAAGGGAUUACUGAUAAUGAUGAUGUAAUUGAAAAUGAAUGUAGGAUAUGUUGCAAUGGAAUGUAGGAUAUGUUGUGAUUGAAUAUAGGAUAUGUUGCAAUGGAAUGUAGGAUAUGUUGCAAUGGAAUGUAGGAUAU